AUGGCUCCGGAAGGCGAGCGGCUCUUCUCCUGGGCGCUUGCCCUGCUCGCCGCGCUCGCCACGCUGCUGGCCGUCUUGCUCGCCCGCUUGCUGCUCGACCAGUACUGGAAAUACAGGGAGCUGAAGCCCAUCCCGGGGAUCAGUCCCUGGUACCCGCUGCUGGGCAACGCGCUGCUCUUUGAACGCGGUGGGGAAGGUAAAGGCCGACGGGGGGUGGGGGCGGGAAGCGGCUGCAAAGCUUGGCAAGAGUUUUCCGAGCGGGGAAACGAAAGUAGCCUGGUUUCUCAAGGUUUGGAAAGAAGCGUCUGUCGAUCGUAACUUGUAUACUAAAAGCGGCGAACAAUACACAAUACACGCUUUCUAGGAUAGGCACCGAAAAGAUACAGGCACUGUACCUUUCCUUGUAUCUCUUAAUUUCAGUAAGGUGAGAUGCCCCACAGUCAUGUUCUUGUUUGAGGUGUGGCUGAGAUGCAGCCAUCCAUCUUUUUACUGCAAAUGUGUGAGUUUAUGCUUUCCCGGAAAAGGCUGGUUUUUACUUUAAUAUUCUUUAAACUUUUCUCUUGUAUUCCACACUGCACUUGUGAACAGGGGUGCCAACUUGAAUAAAAUAUUGGGAGGGCCCAGGUAAGCCCAGCCUUACAUAAUCGAUCAAAAGAUAAGGCGUACACGCAUCAUUCGAAUGGCAAUGCCCACCAACUUGGGGGGAUGCCCCCCUCUAAUAAUUUAUUGGGGGUAUCCUAAUAAGUCUCCGGGCUUCUCUUCCAAAACUAGGCAGGGAGGAUGAGGAUAAGGGGAAAAGUAGAGGGAGUUUCCUCUGCCUGUCAUUGGCUCUGACUCCAGCUACAGUUGGGUUCCCCACCUUCUGCCCCACCAGCCCCAGUGAGAACUAACCUAGUGCACUGGCUGUCUCUUAACUGUGUAUUGGAACGCAGCUUUCUUAGAGGCCUCUCAGGCAUUGUUCUUGAACAGAGAAUUGCAACAGGAGAAGAAAGUGCAUGGAGUUUGGCCUCACCAUCCUGGAUCAGAACAUCACCAGCACUCCACACCACAUGCUUGAAGUGGUAGGUGAUUUUUUUUGCCUGGGUUCCACCAUAACAAGCAACCUCUCCACUGACCAUGAGCUGGACAAGCAUAUUGGCAAGGCAGCUAUGUCAACGGCACACCUCUCCCAAAGGUUACUGGAGAAUGUGAUGCUAAUGUCUAAGACCAAUAUGAAGGUCUACCAGGCUUGCAUGUUGAGCACACUGCUUUGUGGAAGGUAGUCGUAGGCAGCUUACAGCUGCCAGGAGUGAUGCCCCAAUGCCUUCCACAUGCAUUGCAUCAGGAAUAUUUUGGGAGUCACAUGGAAGGACAGAGUCUCAAACAAAGAUGUGCUCUCCCAGGCCCAUGUUCCCAGCAUGUUUGCACUCCUGUCUCUGUCGACUUGGUCAUGUCCACAGAAUGGAAGACGGCAGGACCCCCAAGAAUCUGCUCUACAGACACCCAGCCCAUUGGCAGACCAACUCUGUGUUGCAAACGUGACGUGAAGACUGGCAGCAUCAACCCCAUUGUGUUGGGAUCUCUUGUAGAUGAUUGCAGUGUCUGGAAACAGACAGUCAUGUCAUGCAUUCACAGCAGUGACCAGAGGAGGAAUGACUGCUGGGAGGAGCGCAGAGAGGAAAAAUGUCACGGUGCACCUGUAGCAGCAAAAUCAGAUGCCUUCAUCUAUCUUGCCUGCAAUAAAACAUGUCCCACCUGUAUUGGUCUCUACAACCACAGCAGGUGCUAUAAUUCUCCAACGGUUUGACUUUACCCCCGAAGGCGCACAGUUGCAUUGUCUCCCAAGACAGACAGAUGCCAGGAGAAAGAGAAAGUAUCAUCAACUCCCCCCUGUGUACUGGCCCCAAUGAAAAUGGGGCUGCUGCGUUCAACUUCCUCUCUUAUGUUUUGGUCUCAUGUACCUCAACAUUCUUGCACCUUGGUUUUCCUGAACUGAGUGGAUAUGUCUUAAAGGACAUUCUCAGUACAGUGAGCUGAAUGCAUUUAAAAUGUUCCCUAUGGUUAGGAACCUGCAUGCCUGAAGCUUUUUUAUUUUAUUUGAGGAGGUCAGGGAUGUUGUGGACAAGGCUGGUGCAUAGAAAGGGGCAUUGCGAAAGGGGAGCUGAUAUGUAUAUAGCUUCAAGCCCCCUAUUCAUGUUGAGAUUCCUUCUUCAAACAUAGAAUCUGCAAAGGGCUUAGGAGCAAGUUCAACUGAAUGCUGUUUUACUUAAAAGUAAGCACUGCAGUUUUCAAAAUAGUUACAUGAAAUCUCCUAGGUGAAUCAAAGUGUUUCCAAACAAAGUGUGUUAAGAGCAUGUUACAUAAAGUAGCUACAUUAAGAGCAGGAAAUCAAAUACUUUAAGUAUCUAUCUUGGGAACUGAGUAAAUUGGUAUGGUUAGAAUUUUUUAGAAGUAUUAUACAUUUUUUGCCUCCUGAGCAAUUCUGCAAUGCUGAAUAUUCUGCCUACUGUAGUAGACAUGUUUUUUUGACAACUACCAAACUUAGAAAUGUGAGCUGCUGCUGUUCUUCUUCUUCUCUGUAUAUAAAAUGUGGCAUUCUUUUGUCACAUUUGCCACAAUGUAUGAAUUCUUUUUCCAGCCUAGGAAAAUGUCACUUAAUUGUUUGGUUGCUGAAUCUGAAGAGAACUCACUGAGCCCAGUCUUGAUGGUCCGCCACUCAAAAUUCCCCUCUCCACUUACCCAACCAGAGUGCCAGCUGUUGCUUUUGGGCCUGAAACUUUGUUUUGCAACACCCACAUUCUGUGAAAUGAAUUAUCUGCUGUUUGCAUAAACAGAAAACAUUGAUCAUGUAAAACACCACACAAUGAAGGGGUUUCAGCCUCUGUUUCAACUGAAUCAGCUUUAGCAAAAUCUUUUACAAGCAUGGUUAUUACUCCAUUACAGGAUGGGGACUGUAUUUGCAGAGGUGCAGAUGUAUCUUCUCCUAUCAUGGCUGGAUCAGCUGGCCAGUUAUAUAGACUUUCAUUAGAAGAAUAUAUGACAGGACCUCUUUGCUGGGCUACAACAUCACCUGCCUCAUCUAUUGCAGUCACAUCAUUUUAAAGGACUAAGGGUGUCUGUUCUGUUCAGGACAGAUCUAUUACUUCUUGAGCCAUGUGAUUUGCUGUUGCUUCUGGGACGCUUUCUUCAAUUACAUGAUCACAAUGAUCAAAUAUGGAUUAUUUUAUAUGCUGUGCCAGAGUGGGGCCCACUACCCACUAACAAUGGGGAGCCUCUUUAUAGGGAAUCACCCAUGAAGAGGGGUUAUUUAUAUGGUUAAGAUGAGUUGUAAGCAAAUGUAAAUGUGCUCUUAUACUUUCUGAUGUUUACCAAAACUGAUUGAGCGUGCUACAUGAAUUUAAACUUGAUGUGAAAGUGGGAGGUUGGAAUGAGUCCCUUGUCUCUUGCAAUCUGAAUUUAGGAAGAGGGGUCUCCUGCUAUGUGUUGAUCUUUGCUUAGAGUAGGUGCUAUUCUCACGAGAACAAGUAGCAUAGAGGUGGGAUAUUGAAUUUAUUAUUUUCAUACCUGAUGCAUUUCCUUCCUCCCAACCCAGCUUUCUUUAAACAGUUGAUCGAUUACACUGCGUUGUUAUGGAAUACCCCACUACUACAGCUCUGGGUAGGACCACUGCCCUUUAUUAUCUUAUAUCACCCAGAAACCGUAGAGGUGAGUCUCUCAUUCUUACUCUUUACUACAGGUCUAGAGAACUCCUACCCACCAAAGGCCACAUUCCCUUGGGAAUAAUCUGCCAAGGGGUGCAUGCAUGCCUGUGGUGGGUGGGGCUGAAGUGGAUGGUGAAUAGGGCCAAAGUGGGAGCAGAGCCACCCCAUUCUCUCAUGUACCAUCCAUUCACACGCAUUGCACAAGCAUGUACCUUGGUCAUCCAUCCUCUAUUCUCGCAUACGCUUCUCACUCCAUCCUUCUACUUUCUUGUUAAUUUGCAUAUUCUCUCUCUCUCUCUCUGACACACACGCACCUUCCAAUUUUCUCUCUUCCCCUCUUUGCCCCUCUUCUCCCCAUGGGGCAAUUGGACUUAGGAAAACAAGUUUCCCUUAGUCCCCGAUUCCCCCCCCCCAGGUUUGUUUUCCUAGGGUGUAUGUGUGUAAUUUCACCCCCCCCAAAGGGUAGGGGAAGGGUGCAUGGGGAACGUUAACUCUUUCCUCCACAGCUGCUGCACCUCUCUGAAAAUUGCCUUCCACUUCAAUCAGGCUUAGGAAAAAUUGUUUGGUGUGGAUGGGAGCUAGCCCUCUCAGGCCUAAUUCCAUCAUUGGGACAGGAUGUGGAUCACAGUAUGUGAUCCUGCUGCACGGUGCUUUUAUUCUAGAAAAAAAUAGGUGCCAGUACUCACCAUGAAGUUGUUACAGUAAGUGCCACACUUUUUAACAGCAACGACAAAGAGGUGGCAGCGCUACUUACCCUUGAGUACCUCCUGUAAAAAAACGGAACGCUGCUGCACCUUUGAAAGAAACCACCCCCUUCAUAAAGCAGUCUGAAUGUGAACUCAGUCAGCUGCCUUUCAUCGGAGAAGAUAACCUAAAAACUCUAUUCGUCUUCCAAGGCAGGUUUGCUCAGCAUGUCCCCAUGAAGAUAAAAGUAACCCAACAGCCAUAGCGUUGCCAUUCUACCAGGUGCUUUAUAUACCUCUCCCUCUUUUACUCAGAAAUAAGUUCCAUUGUUUCUAAUGGAGCUUGCUCAGUAGUGGGUACCUGUUUAGGUUCGUCCGCUAUCCUAUGCACACUUACCUGGGAGAAAGCUUCAAUAGACCCUUUGGAACUUACUUCUGAAAAGACUCAGAUGCAAUUGCAUAUUAAAGGCACCAAUCCUUUAAUACCUGGGAGUAAGUCCUGCGGAAGCUGCUAGGACUUAAUUCUUAAUAAAUAUAAUCAGUGAUGCUGGAUCCAGUCUUGGAUCCUGCUAAACUGGAAGUACUUCUGCAACCCAAGAACAGGAGUGAGAUAAAUUGCUUAUGUAAAGCUUGAGCUGUACAAAGUCUUGAACUUCAUUUUGUACUAUCAGCGCGAGGAUUGUUUUCAAUGCAGAUAUUCUGUUAAUGAUCCACUAGUUUGAAAACAUCAGCAGAGUGCUGUUAUCUUUGUUCAGUUGUUGUUUUAAGUAAAUCCUAUUAUAGUGAUAUGCAUUUUCCAAUAUAUCUGUUUGGAUGUAUUUUUUUAAAGCAGGUGGAGGCUUUUUUCCUUGGCAGGAUUUUGACAAUGGCAGCUGCUAAAGGGAUUAAAAAGAAUUCCACCUGCCAGAUUCAAGGAAUGACUGGGUGUAAGGUUUCUACCACUUAUGCUGGACAAAAGGAUUGUCUGUGGGCAGAUACGGUUGGGCUAUUAGAGUGGGAUUAAACUAGGCAGGGCAGCCUGGUUUUGAUUUCCUGAGAGGAAGAUUAGAAUUCUAGAAGCGGCUAAGAGUGUUUUAUGGGUGGUGUAAGACAACAGCCCAUCCUAGAAGGAUUUUAUCUGUCCAGCGCCAGGUUUAAAGUGUGAAGUUAAGAAGGAUCUUAAAUACUUCAUUACCAAUCUGAUGUCAGGACCUACCAUACCGUCAGGGCAUAAUCAAGCUCUGGAAUCUAAAGAGAAAGCAGAGGAGCUGCUAAGACUGCUAAAUCAACAGCCGUCACUUUGAACUCUACUAGAAUAUAUUUUAGAUAGUGAAGGCACCAUUGAACAGAUAGCAUUGGAGGGCAAAGUCAAGAAUUUACGUUUUUUAAUCUCUUCUGUUGGCAGGUUGUAUUGAGUAGCUCUAAGCAUAUUACAAAAUCCGAUCCUUACAAGUUUCUGCAUCCUUGGCUGGGCACAGGGCUUCUAACGAGGUAAGGAAAAUACACCCCUGGAACAUGGGUGCGCAGUGUACUCCUUUGUCACACCCCUUGGAACACAGUGUAGCUGGUGUGUCCAAUACUGGUAGAGCUGUUAGUCCUCCUCAACAAGGAAUGUGUGAAGGGAGAAAUGGGACUGGGGUCAUAGGUCACUCCCCCAACAUUCUAGUUCCAACUCCACGUGUCCACCUCCUCCUGCCCUAUUGAAUAUGUGAAAAGGGCCCCUCCUCAUGCACAGAGGUAUUCACUGCAGAUGGGAGGCCCCUUUCAGAUGCUGUGCUGAAUAUGGACUUUGGAGACGGGGCUUCGGCUGCAGUCCUGCUCCAUUUUCCUCCUGUUUAGUAACUCUGCUAACUCAUUUUAACAAAAAAAAAUUUUGGGGGGGGGGGGAAUGGCUAGCUGGGGGCAAGGAGGAAUAGAGUGAACUGGAGCAUUGCGUGCUGCAAUGUUUUGUUCCAGGUCCUGCUUGAAGGCAUUAAUGCAUUUUGAGACUUGUUUGUGUAGAGAAAAAUAAUAUUUAAGUUUCUGUUUUGCAGCACUGGGGGCAAAUGGCGGUCCCGAAGGAAAAUGUUGACGCCCACCUUCCAUUUCACCAUUUUAGAAGAUUUCCUUGAAGUGAUGAAUGAACAAGCCAAUGUCCUUGUUCGGAAACUUGAAACACAUGUGGACAAGGAGCCGUUUGAUUGCUUUUUCUACAUCACAUUGUGUGCCCUUGAUGUAAUCUGUGGUUAGUGCUGUGGUUGCUGUCAAAGUUUUGCAGUGAAUGAGGUUUAAACAUCCCUCUCAAUUUCUGGAAGAACUGAGCAGAAGUGUUGUUUUCCAGUGUUAAUAGCUUGUUAUUCAUUUAAAUGCGGAUUCAGUGAUCCACUGUGGAGAACACCAGUGGUUUUGAACCUGUGUGCCAUGGCCCUCUGGGGUGCCUUGAAUUAUGGUCAGGGGUGCUGCAGGCAACACUGGCCUCCGUCCAUCUUUUCUUCCCCUCUGAUGCCCUCUCACGUCUCGGCCUCCCAAAGGCUUGUGUGGCUGUUGGUUACAGCAGGCCUGGCUACAAGUUCCCCAGGCAAAUGGUGCCUCUGGGGCUGCCCAGGGAUGCUUCCCAGGCCCCUGUGGGGCAGUGUGAGAAGGCACCUUUCUUUGGAAUGGGGUGGGGGGCAGCUCAGAGACCAGGGGCAGCAGCUGCAGGAGAGAAGGCUGAGGGAACAUUCCACAAGGGAGGGUGUUUGAAAAAGUGUGAGAGACUGCCAGCUCUGCAAGCAAGGGGUCACAUAACUGGGCUCCUGAACCCCACAGGGGUGCCACAGAAAGAAUGUAGUUGGUCAAGGGAGUCGUGGACUCAAAAAGGUUGGAAACCUCUGAUCUACACUGAUAGAGAAGGGAAAUAGUUCAUUGUCAAAUUGUAAUCAAAUUGAAUCACUGUUGAUUUGUAGUCAGUCUGAAUGCAGGUCAGGACUGGGACACAAGAACACAUACUAUGGGACCAAAAGGGAAUCCCAGGAGACUAUGACCACAGGUGUAGUAUUAGUGCAAUAUUACUACAAUUUGACCAUAUGGCUCAGUCCUUUGCAUGCAGGGCACCCUGGGUUCAUAUCCUGGCAUCCCCAGAUGAGUCUAGGAAAUACUUCUCUCUGAAACCUGGAAAGUCAUUGGAAGUCAGUGUAGACCGCAUUGAGCUCGAUGGGCCAGUGUGUGACUCAAAGUAAGGUCUCCCUUUUAUGUCCUGUUCUUGGUUUGUAGGAGCAUGAUUCUUUGAUUGAGUUCUUUCUCUCCUGUUCCUAGAAACGGCUAUGGGCAAGAACAUAGGAGCACAACACAAUAAGGAUUCCGAGUAUGUCCGAGCUGUCUACAGGUAGGUGUCAAUGUGAUCUCCUUUCUAGAAGCAGGGAUGGUGAACCAGUGGCCUGUCAGAAAUCAGAGAUGCUGGUAGCUGGAGUCGAACAGCAUCAGGAGGGCCACAGGUUCCCCAUCUCUGCAGCAGAGCCUUAAUCCAUAAAAACUUUUACUGGGGGCUACAUGGAGAAAAAGUCUUUUUCCUCUACCAUGCAGAUAGCCUUCUGCACGAUAAAUUUCCAAAAGCCUGUUUUGUGUGAUCUUCCUCCCUGCCCCUCAUUGGAGCUGAAUAGCACAAUUCAGGGCCUCUAUGUGGGUUGAAUGCUCACAUAGAAGCUGCAUUCACACUGCAUCUUUGCAGUGGAGGAGCAGGGCACUGCUGUGGCUGUAUGUCCCAAACUGGGCUCUGUUUUACAUGUGAAUCACUUUUCUCUGCAUCUCUACAUGUCACUCUGAUUUGCUCAGCCUACUAGCAAAAAAUUGGGCUCUUUCAUGCACUUUAUGGUACUUUCCUAGAAAUAUAUCCAGCAUUGUUGCUUGUUACCCUAGGAUGAGCGAUCUGAUUCACCACAGACAGAAGUCCCCCUGGCUCUGGCCUAACCUUCUGUACCUCAUGUUCCAAGAAGGGAGAGAACAUUACAGGAGCCUAAAGAUACUUCACACCUUUACUGAUAAUGUAAGCUGCUAUGUUUUUCCUUAGUAUUGCCUGUAGUUUGUUUGAUUCCCUUCAUUCAUUCAUCCAUCUAUCACAGUUUAACAGUGCACUGACCCAGCGUAUCACUUAUUUCAGGGGACAACCAUCGCAUUAUUUGGUAUUGCAGGGAGUGCACACAUUGGAUUAUGCAACCUGAAAAAUAAACACCUCUUUUGUUUCGCUAUCUAAGGUUAUUGCAGAAAAAGCUCGUGAAUUAAAAAACCAGGAGCGGCAUAAAAGCAAUGCUGUCAGCAAUGGUGAUCAAAGCAAGCGCAAAGUCAGGAGAGCUUUUCUUGAUAUGCUUCUGAAUGCCACCGAUGACGAUGGGAAGAAGUUGAGCUACCUGGACAUCCGAGAGGAAGUGGAUACAUUCAUGUUUGAGGUAUAGAAUGCCCAGUGCUGGUUUAGGUUGCAGAACUCUACCCAUUUACCCAAGAGUAAACCCCAUAGAGCUCAAUGAACCUUGUAUGAGGAUUGCAUUGUAAGUGACUUCCAGAACUCAGGAAAUCUCCGGUUUGAAUCUCUUUCCUAGCUGGAUGCUGGCAACUCGGUCUCAUUUAGGCCAAUAACUACAGUAUGGGGAUAAUAAUUCUGACCACAGGUGGUAAUUUCAAACAGAAAUGAGGACCUUCAAGCCUGUGGGCCAAACUUGUCCAUGCAGACCCCUCUGUCAGGGGUUCAUGACACGCUCCAAACAAUGCCCCUCACCAGUCCUGCUUUGCACCCUCUUGCAGUAUUUUUGUGGAUGCCAGGGUAGUUGGGGCUUACAAGAGCAAUUUUUUCCAGCUCCCACUCCCAGUUGUGGAACUCUAUCCACUAGGAGUAUUUGUUCAUGCCUCUUCAACUAUUCAUCUUUCACCAACCUGGGGAAGACAAUUUUGUACAGAGGACUUUCUGUUGAUUUUGGUAUGGCUGGUUGACUUCUUCAUCUCCUCCUACACCCACCCUUCACUGUAAAGUCCCAGGGCAGUUUAUAUCUAAAAAGGGAUAAUACAGCACAUUACAGCAAAUAAACCAACCCCAUCCCAUGCAACACAAUAGAUACAUAUAAGCAAACCAGUUUAUAUGUAUACCAGUUGGAAGGUAAAGGUAAAGGGGCCCCUGACCAUUAGGUCCAGUCAUGGACGACUCUGGGAUUGCGGCGCUCAUCUCGCUUUAUUGGCCGAGGGAGCUGGCGUACAGCUUCCGGGUCAUGUGGCCAGCAUGACUAAGCCGCUUCGGCGAACCAGAGCAGCGCACAGAAACGCCGUUUACCCUCCCGCCAGAGCGGUACCUAUUUAUCUACUUGCACUUGACGUGCUUUUGAACUGCUAGGUUGGCAGGAGCAGGGACCGAGCAACAGGAGCUCACCCUGUCACAGGGAUUCGAACCAUCGACCUUCUGAUCAGCAAGUCCUAGGCUCUGUGGUUUAACCCACAGCGCCACCUGCGUCCCUUCCAGUUGGAAUGUAGGGGGGUCCUAAUGAUAAUAGCUCAUCGGUUGAAUGUCCAAGGCAAGAGGUGCAUCUUCAGUGGCUACCUCACAUGGAAACAUCUGAUGCACCUCUGCAGAGAGAGGGUUUUGGGGCCAUGACAGAGGAGGCUCUGCUAUGCUGCUUCUGGGCUUUGUUUUGUUUUCUGGCUUGUAAUUAUUUUAUGUGUUCUGAUUGUUUUUUGAGUGUUAGCUAUGUUGAGGACUAAUUUUUUAAGUGGAAGGACAGGAUAUAAAUAAAAUUAGGUGACAUCCUAGAAGCAAAGUUGCAGUGCAUGUUUUGUUGUUGUUGUUGUUGUAUUAGGCAAUCUGACUGGGUUGCCCCAGCCAUUCUAGGCGGCUCCCAACAAAAUAUUAGAAACACAAUAAAACAUAGCUAGAUAGGCAUAUCAACCAUUCUGAGAAGACCUUUUCAGAUAUGGGAAUGACUUAGGAGUGUCAGUCUGCCUUUGGCACAUGGGUAGUGACCAGAGCUGGAAGAAUCCCUGGCAUCUGCUGUUGCCUAUACACUUAAAUUUUUGAAAUAUUCGUUCUUGUGUAUGUGGCUGGUGCCUUAGAAGUUUAGAUUUGUGCAAAACCAAAGGUUGUGGGUGCUAGAGGAUUUGAAAUAUUUUGUUCAGGUCCUGGAAAGGGCCAGCAGCUGAGAUUUCUUUUUGUGUGUGUGAUAAAACAUUAGACAUUUAAUUCUUUCUUCCAAGGGUCAUGAUACUACCGCUGCUGCCAUGAAUUGGUGCAUUUACUUGCUUGGGUGUGAUCCAGAAGUCCAAAGAAAAGUUCACCAUGAACUGGAUGAAAUUUUUGGUGAGUUUUCCUUUCCUCUGGGUGUGAACCUGGGCAAAUGUGGUGUACAGGUGUUUAUCUAAGUAAAUGCUCAUAAAUGUCGCAUAAUUCCUCUAACACAGAGAUGGGGAACAAACUGGGCCACAAAUACAGAUCCCGGUUUGGCCCAUGAAGCUGUUUUCACCAAACUACACCCACCUGCCCCACACCUGAUGUCCUUUGUGACUUUGAGACUGGAGCAGAGGUGGAUGUGGUUACAAGAGGACAAUUGGCAUUUUAAAGGGUGAAUGACCACUGGGAUUAACUGUUCUAAGGCGUUCCCAAGCAUGCAAGGGGGCUCUCCAUCAGUGGCCGUCAGCUGAACAACAAUGUCUGCUGAGGAAAAAAGUCUGGUUGCAAAGGUGGUUUGGAUCUAAAGCACAUUUGCAAGUAGACCUCAAAGGGGAUUCCUGUAACUGCCAUUGCAGUUGAUUGCAGGUUACAGCAAGCCCUUGUGAAUUCUGAACGGUGGGCAGCCCCACCCAAAUUGACCCGUGGUGAGGUGGUGAGAAGAUUAAGGGUCUGCCCCCCUGGUCAGAUCCAGUUCCCCAUCCCUGUUCUAAAUCAGGUUGGGAAACUAUGGUCCUGCAGACUUUCCUAGAACUCCAGUUCCCUUCAACCUCAGCCAGAAGGUCCAAUGUUUAGGCCAAUCUCCUCUCCAGCUCCAAACAUUACACCUUUUAGGUAUUGGCUGCAGUGGCUUGGCCUGCACAUCAAAGGCUCCCAGAUAACAUUCUGCAGGUUCAAUCUUUGAUGCAUUGCAUCCUGUCACUUCGCUAGACAAUGAUGCUGCACUGCUUUAACUCUCUUAAAAGGGACCACCUAGGAAAGAAUUGAAGCUUAAAACAAAAAUAUGGUUUUUAUUUUGCUGGCUAAGGAGAGUUAUGAAUGCUUGGAAGUGCUGUCCCCUAGUGGUCUCAGAGGCUAGCAAUGCCUUCUGCUGACAAAAAAGCUAUUCUGGAGUCAGGAGCCAGACCUCAUGCUUUUUUGUGCUGUGGUCUUUGCAGCUCUAGUGUGGACAGACCUCAUGCCAGCAAAAAGGAAGCCCUGAUGAGCUGGUUGUAAGCAUAAGCACAGAAAUGAUUAGUGGGUUAGACCCCACAAUGCCUCCUGCUCCACCAUAAUUUAAAAUAGGUGUCAGAAUAACACACGUUUAUUCUCAGGGGACUCCGAUCGUUAUGUUACCAUGGACGAUUUGAAGCAACUACGGUAUCUGGAUUGUGUUAUUAAAGAAGCUCUUCGCCUCUUUCCUUCCGUUCCAUUUUUUGCCCGUACACUGAGUGAGGAAUGUUAUAUAAGUAAGUAAUUCAGGUUGCUUAAUGCUUUGAUGCACUGUGGCUAUAAGCUUAGUACUAUUGGGGGUGGCUGUGGAAGAAGAGACUAACAAAUAUCUCUUCUUCUUUGGCAGGAGGGUUUAAGGCACCAAAAGGGGUUGAUGUCAUCAUUGUGCCCUAUGCACUGCAUAGAGACCCUGAAGUCUUCCCAGACCCUGAGGAAUUCAGACCUGAGCGAUUUUUCCCUGAGAACACAGCUGGGAGGCACCCGUAUGCAUAUGUGCCUUUCUCUGCUGGGCCCAGGAAUUGUAUUGGUAUGUACGAGAAUAAAGAAAAUCUCUAUCUCUUCAGAACUCCAGAGCACAGUAUGCUUCCAUUACUGAUCUUUCAAAGGGAGAUUUUUGUCAUAGUAGAGUGUUACCUCCGGUUACAGACUCUUCACGUUACAGAUGCUUCGGGUUACAGACUCCGCUAACCUGGAAGUAGUACCUCGGGUUAAGAACUUUGCUUCAAGGUGAGAACAGAAAUCACGCGGUGGGAGGCCCCAUUAGCUAAAGUGGUACCUCAGGUUAAGAACAGUUUCAGGUUAAGAACGGACCUCCAGAACGAAUUAACUUCUUAACCCGAGGUACCACUGUACUUAGAGCAAGGCCUACAAAUGUGUUGUUGUUGUCAGGACUGGCCCUAGCUUUAGGCAACCUGAGGUAAUUGCCUCAGGCAGACAGUGCUAGAGGAUGGCAAAUCAGUGCCCUUUGACCAGCUGUGGUCCUGCUAUUGCCCAAUGAGGCCUUCCACCUUCUCCAUUGCUCUAGAAAGGAAAAGGGGAGGGUAAUGAGUCAGUAGUAGAAGCUGUCUAAAGGGAAUGAUUAUCCAACAGCAAAGCUGAAAGAUCAUGCAAUCUACUAAAGCCCCAGCAACACUGCACAUCUAAAGCAAUAUUAUACCAUCUAAAAUGGUGAUGGCUUCUCCCAAAGAAUCCUGGGAGCUGUACUUUGUUAAGGGGUCUAAGAGUUGUUAGGAAACCUCUGCUUCCAUCAGAGAGCUAUAGUUCCAAGUUCCCUAGGCAGAGCGACAGAUUGUUAAACCACUCUUGAGAACAGUAAGUGACUGAAGUGAAUGUACCUAAGUUUAAGUUAUAUGAAUGGAGAUUAUGUCUAUCCAUAAGGAAGAACAGUAAGAGCUGUUUGGCAGUGGAACAGACUCCCCACAAGAGGGAGUGCAAUCUUCUUCCUUGGAGUUUUGUUUUUUAGCAGAGUUUGGAAUGCCUUCUGUCAUGGAUGCUUUAGUUGACAUCCCUGCAUUGCAGGGGGUUGGACUCGAUGACCAUCAGGGUCCCUUCCAACUCUACAAUUCUAUGAUUUUAUGAUGCUAAACCUCUUCAAGCAUUUCACACACUCCUUCCAGUGGCUUUAUAUACAUCACCCCUCCCCCCCAUACUAUCUUCUUGGUAAUUUUGAGUAAACAUCUGAAUAAUAAUAGAAUAGUGUUCAAAAUAAUUCUUAAAUUAAUUUGACAGCCUGACCUCAGUGUCAUGUGGCAAUAAUAAUAAUAAUAAUAAUAAUAAUAAAUUUAUACCCUGCCCACCCUGGGCGGCUUCCAACAGAAUAUCAAAAAUGUGCUUGAACAUCAUAAUAAAUACAUAUAAUUGCUCUAGUUUAUCUUGUCUUCACUUUCCAAUGUAUAGCACAGUUGUACCUGGAUCUAAAAGUUAUUUCUACACUAUUAAUCCACCCCUUCCAGUAUUUCACUCAUUCCCGCCAGUGGCUGUAAAUCCAUCACCAUCUGUAUAAGUAUAGAAAAGUGUUCAAUUAUUUUUUAUGAACCUGAGAAUCUGACCUCAGUGUCACAUUGCUCAUACUGAAUAAUAAUAAAUAUGUACAGUAUUACAGUGGUACCUCGGUUUAAGAACUUAAUUCGUUCUGGAGGUCCGUUCUUAACCUGAAACUGUUCUUAACCUGAGACAACACUUUAGCUAAGGGGGUCUCCUGCUGCUGCUGUGCCGCCGCUGUGCAAUUUCUGUUCUCAUCCUGAAGCAAAGUUCUUAACCCGAGGUACUAUUUCUGGGUUAGUGGAGUCUGUAACCUGAAGCGGCUGUAACCUGAGGUACCACUGUAUUUCUCUGGUUAAUUGUAUCUUGUCAUUGCUUUCCAACCCCUCUGCAGGUCAGCGCUUUGCACAGAUGGAAGAAAAGGCUAUAUUAGCCACCAUUCUACGGCGCUUUUGUGUUAAAAGUACACAGCGACGUGAUCAACUCAGCCCUGUAGGAGAACUGAUUCUUCGUCCAAAUAAAGGCAUCUGGAUUCAGUUGAAAAGGAGAUCGUCUUCUAGCUCUUAA